UCCGUGGCUUUUUGUAAUUCCCUCACCGGUAAUUCCAAUUGAGGAUAUUCUGGAAGAGGCUGCUGCGAAAGAGGCACAGGUAAGUGGUGGUGACACGGUGGAGAUGGAGACAGACGAUGAAGGCGAGAUCGAGAUGGAGGAUGAGGGUGGAAGCAGUGGCCCACCGGUUAGGAAGAUAGAGGUGGAGUCCGGAGGGUCUCGGCUGACACGGGAGGAGAAGGGGAAGGCAUUGGUGAUCGAGGAGGAACCUGCGGUGGUGGUCCCUAUCUUUGAUAGACUAGCCGAUGAUCUGGGGGUGGAGUCGACUUGGCAGGUCUCUUUUUUAGACUAUGAGGAGUUCGUGGAGGAUGAGGAUGUUCUUGAGGCCAAGAUGGAGGAGCCAGGGAUCGCAGCGAUGGUGUUUGAGGCUCGCGUGCGGGAAGUAGAGCGAGAAGAGCUAUUACGGAGCUUGGAACCGGAGGGAGAUGAGGUGUUAAGGGAGUUUGAGCGGGAGGCCGCGGAAGCUGAGGUUGUGCCGAGGGUGUCGGUAAUGCAAGAGGCUCAAAAGGCCGCGAGGGUGGAUUUUAAUGCGGUGACGUAUGCACCGAGAGCACACUUCUUUGUUCCUCAGUUGCUGGAUCCUUACAAGCCGACUUGAAAGACUUAUGACAAGAGCUCGUUCUUGCGAGACCAGACCUUUCACUUGAGGGAGGGCUGCUUGGAGGUAUUUUCAUUGACCUUACUUUGUCGAUUUCAAUUUACCGAGUUAGCAUGUAUUAAUCGAAGCAUGAGUUCAAUUCACACAUCGUAUGCUUGCUAAAUAGAAAUGAACAAAUUAAUGAAAAGCGAUAAGUGUCAUUAUCCUUAAAAGAUCAUUCGAAGGGUUGCCUUUGCAUGAUUUUUUUCAAGUUUGAUAACAUUCAUCGCGCCAGAAGAUUGAUAGUUUUGAAUGCCCAAUAGCACUUUAGACUGAGGACUCUAUCUGUUUCAAUGCCGAGAAAGGCUACGCUAACCGGCUUUGGAGGGUUCGUUCAGUCCUUGGAGUUCUAUAGGGAACUCCCUAGCGUGGUUCAAGGGUUGGUGGAUGCUGCGGGGUUCGGUACGUUCGUUCAGGUCUUGACAACGCCUAUUCGAAACAACCAUGCUUUGCUGACAGCCUUGGUGGAGAGGUGGUGGGAUACCACUAAUACCUUCCACCUCCCACAUGGGGAGAUGACAAUCAUGCCACUUGACUUUGCGGCGAUUACAGGUUUAAGAGUGGGCGAUGACCCAAUCCCCUUCGACAUGGGCCUUGCGAAUGAUGAUGUGGCUCUGCAAUGGUUCUUGGGCUUCGUGCCUAGAGUGGAGAAUGGCUCGAUCAUGUAUGCGAGUUUGAGGCGGCGGUGGAACCAUGAUCCUGCUAGUGAUGAGGAGGCCGAGCAAAUGGCUAAAGCUUACUUGCUGUACCUUUUUUGUGCUUCUUUAUUUCUGAACAGGCACAGCCGGGUACACGUGUCCUUCUUGCCGGCCUUGCAGCAUUUGCAAACAAUUGGUUGUUUUGACUGGGGUGGUAGCGCUCUUGCGGCUUGUCAUAGCUUUAUAGGAGCUGCUUCUCGAGGUGUUUCUACCGCAGCUAAUAGGUACUAGAGGAUCUGGGAGCUUUGGGCUUACGAGGUGUUAGGGAUGUAUCCCCCAGAGGUUACAGGACCGGUCCAGCAUCUGAUGCUGCAGGUUUCACACUAUUGCUUGCCCAACACACUGAAGAAGCACAAGGAUGUGAAGCUAAGUGCCUACCGAGCUUUCUUGGAUGGGAUGACCGGCGCGUUGAUACACUAGAACCUUUGGGAUGGGCUCGACGAGCCCUACCUAGCACGAAGUAAGGAGGUCACUCGAGGUCGAGUAUUGCUUGAGUCACCUUAUGGGUGGCAAUGGUACUUUGGAGAGAUGGUGACUCAAAAGUCACUUCGCUUGCUGGCAUUCCAGGUACCUGCUCCACCUCUGGCUUACUUGCCAUGUCCUUGGGGGUACACCGUUGCAGAGUUGGAGAGGUUCAUGGUGUUGGAGACUGACCUUUCUCUGUACUUACGUCCUACUGAGGAUUAUGUUUCUUGGAGAGAGAGGCACCUGGCUGGUCCCCUAAGGCUUGUUGAGUUCCGACAAGUCAAGUUCAGUGCCACUACAGCGAGGAGGAGAGCGAAAGGUUAGGGUAGUGCCCCAAGGCAGGCUCGAGGUGGCAGAGGUGAUGCCAAGGUGGUUGGAGGGCUCCCAGAGCUGUCGUGGGAGAUUGAGGUGAUGGCACCUUCGGGGGCUCAGAGAGUGAUUGACUUGCCGCAACUGGACGAGCCGUUUGAGCCAAUUAGUUACCAGGUGCCGGUGGAGUGGGCGGAUAUGGCGCGUCGCCGAAUUCUUGCAAUGGAGAACAUGUUGCGACUAGCCGCCGUAGGUCACUCUUUGCCCAUGAGGCGGCCGAGUGAGCCUCCUGUGACUUAAGUAUUGCUUAUCAUUGGUUUUGCUUUUUGAUUUCCUAAAUUAUGGCUCUUGAAUCUAUUCUUAUAUUUGCGUGUUCAUGCAGGGCCCUCCUUCCAAGACUAGCAGGCCUGUCGGUCGCGAGGCACAGAGAAAGAGGGCGGAAGACACUCUGGCGGCAUCUUCGAGGAGCUCUCAGAGAGCGGUCACCUCAUCGAGAGGCCAGAAGGCUACGAAGCCCUUGGCAAAGGAAAGUGAAGAUAGCGAGGAGAGCGAGGAGGGAUCCGACGAGAGCGUGGAGGCCUCGAGUCCUUCAACGGUCACGCCGGGUCCAUCGUGCCCGGGGUCUCUUUAUGGAGAAGACAAAGAUGACAAUGACAACG